CUGACACUCGAGCACCGGCGACAGCGGCGAAGACAGGGACAGGCUGCCUCUGCUGCUGCCGCUCGCCCCGGCAGACUGACACUGCACGGCAGUUCGCACUGAGCCGCCGUGCGGUGAGGCCUCGUUGGAGCGGCAGCGGGGGCGGCGCCGGCGACCAUGAAGAGGCAGAACGUCCGCACCCUGUCGCUGGUGGUGUGCACGUUCACCUACCUGCUCGUCGGCGCCGCCGUCUUCGACGCCCUCGAGUCCGACACGGAGAGCAAGCGCUGGGAGGUGCUGUCAGAUCUGAGGGAGCAGCUGGUGAAGAAGUACAACAUCACGGCGGAGGACUACCGCGUCAUCGAGGUGGUCAUCAUCGAGAACAAGCCGCACAAGGCGGGACCGCAGUGGAAGUUCGCGGGCGCCUUCUACUUCGCGACCGUCGUGCUCGCCAUGAUAGAGCAUCGGCGAGCGCCUCAACAAGUUCGCCUCGGUGGUGAUCCGGCGCGCCAAGACGUACAUGCGCUGCUCGCGCGUCGAGGCGACCGAGAUGAACCUGAUGCUCGCCACGGGCCUGCUCAGCUCGGCCAUCAUCACCACCGGCGCCGCCGUCUUCUCGCGCUACGAGGGCUGGAGCUACUUCGACUCCUUCUACUACUGCUUCGUCACGCUCACCACCAUCGGCUUCGGCGACUACGUCGCCCUGCAGAACGACCAGGCGCUGAGCGAGAAGCCGGGCUACGUGGCGCUGAGCCUGGUCUUCAUCCUGUUCGGGCUGGCAGUCGUCGCGGCCAGUAUCAACCUGCUGGUGCUGCGCUUCAUGACCAUGAACGCGGAGGACGUGCGCCGCGAGGACACGGAGCUGCAGCCGGCGUCGCAGCACGUGCUGACGCUGGACGGCGAGGUGCUGGCCAUGAACGGCAAGCUGCUGGCGGGGCACGCGCACGCCGGCGCCGGCGACGCGCCCGACGCCGACCAGGUGUCGGUGUGCUCGUGCACCUGCCUCGGGCCCUCGUCCUGCGCGGCCGCCUCCGCCUCCGGCGCCGCCCCCGCGGGCUGCUACCAGCCCUGCCGGCCCGACCAGCCGCUGCAGCCGCCCCCGCACACCUCCGCCGCCAAGCGCGCCUCCGUCUAGCCGCGGCUUGCCGGCGCACCGCCUCCCUGCUCCUCCGCUUACUACGUCGUGUGCAGAUGUGGGGACUUCGCACAGUUCCGCUUGCAGACGCAAAAGAGACGUCUGUAAUUUCAGGAACUAACUUCUCACCGACUGAAAACUGCUUCUCAUUCAAACGGAGUGCGUCGUACGGCAUUUUCGACUGCGAAACCGCAAGGUGUAGGUUCGGACGCCUAAUACCGAAGUGUCUGCUUCCUCGGCGCACGACAGUCCUUCUCCCAGCGAACUGUGAGAGUUUUGUCUUCAGUGUACGUGUAGUGGCUGUAUUUACAGUGUGGCAUCACGUAUUUGCUCUUUAUUCAUAAAAGAA